AACAAUGGAUAGCGAACUGUCUGGAUCAGAGCUGGGAACCCAGGAAUACUGGGAGUCUAGCUAUAAUCGUGAGAUUAGGAACUACAAAAGUCACGGAGAUGUGGGCGAGAUCUGGUUCGAUGAGGACUCCCAGCAGCGCGUGAUCGACUGGCUGCUAAAGCAGAAAGUAGACAAGAAAUCAAAUGUGCUCGACCUGGGAUGCGGCAAUGGCAUGUUUCUCGUGGGGUUGGCCAACGAAGGGUACGACCAUCUGACCGGGGUAGACUACUCCCCCAAGGCCGUGGAAUUGGCCCAGAAUAUUGCAGGAGACAACAAGCUAAACAUCACAUAUAAGGUGGCGGACUUAACCCAGCCGCAGGACGAGCUGGGAACCUUUGAUGUGGUUCACGACAAGGGGACAUACGAUGCGGUCAGCCUCUGUCCCGAUAAUCCCAAGGAAAAGCGCGCCCUUUACCUGAAGACUGUGCAUAAAUUGCUACGAACUGCCGACAGUCUUUUUGUCAUUACAUCAUGCAACUGGACAGAGGAAGAACUGGAGAAGAGCUUUGCCGAGAAGUUUGUAAAGCACCACACAAUUCCUACUCCGACCUUCAAAUUUGGAGGCAAAGUGGGCAAUGUGGUUACCUCAGUCGUAUUUAGAAAGCUUUGAAUAAAGAACAAAUUUUCCAAUUUUAUAAAAAAA